UUUUUUUGGGAGGGGGGUGCAAUUAGGGCUCUGUGGAUUGUUGGGGCUUGGAUCAAUAACACACUGCAGGAGAAAUUAACACGGGCUUCUGUUGGACUUUGCACUCGUGUUCCAGUGGAAGGUGGGGAAAGCGUGAACUGAUGUUGCAGAGACAUCGGGAGGCAACUUUAAAAGGAAACGCUAAUAACGCGUGCGUGAAGUAGCUGCGGCGUGAACGCGCAGGAGUGGGGGUGUAGCCUGCCAGUCUGUGGUAAUAGGCUGCGAGGGAGAGAGUGAGUGAGUGAGAGUGGGGGCAGACGUGGACGGUGAUGCUGCGCGCUGUCUUCUUGCCUAAAUGAGGAUCGUCUUUUCCCAGUUUGAGCAGCAGCAGGGCUUCUCCACCCUUCCAGCGAGGAUCUGUAAUUUACACAGCAACAGCGGGGCGUCCGUGGGAUCUUCUCCAUCAUCAUCAUCAUCAGCAGCAACAGCAGCAGCAGCAGCGACAACAGCAGCAGCAGCAUCUGCGCUGGAUCCAGCCCCGCGCUGCCGCUUGUUCUGCUGCUGCUCCAUCACCAGGCGACUAGAGGAGAACAUCUGACCAGCGGGCCAUGUGCACCACGACAUGUAUGCGUGAAUUCAUGCGGUGACACAGGAAGGGGGGAAUGGAGCAGCUGUCAAUGCAUUCCUGUAGACGCACCGACGGUGAUUCGUUGCAGACUGUCGUGUAGAGAGAGAGAGAGAUAGUGGGGAAAAAAAAAAAAAAAAAAAACCUUCAUACGCAGCAGCCCAUCCAGCACAUUCGCUUUUUUAUUCCAGCGAGAAGCGAUCAGUGGUCAGGUGUCGCCUUUCAUUUCAACCACAACAAUGGGGGAGCAGCCCAUCUACAGCACGAGGGCCCACGUCUUCCAGAUCGACCCCAACACCAAGAAGAACUGGCUGCCCGCGAGCAAGCACGCCGUCACUGUGUCCUACUUCUACGACAGCACGCGCAAUGUCUACCGGAUCAUCAGCCUGGACGGAACCAAGGCAAUAAUCAACAGCACCAUCAGUCCGAACAUGACGUUCACAAAGACGUCACAGAAGUUUGGUCAGUGGGCGGACAGUCGAGCGAACACCGUCUACGGACUGGGUUUCUCCACCGAGCAUCAUCUGGCCAAGUUUGCAGAGAAGUUUGCAGAAUACAAAGAAGCAGCGCGGCUUGCGAAGGAGAAGAGCCAGGAGAAGAUGGAGAUGGCCACGUCUCCCUCUCAGGAGUCUCCGGCCGGUGAGCUCGCCUCCCCCCUUACCCCCGUGACUCCCCCCAUGGAAAACAUCAACGGCACGGACGAGAUCUGCGACACGACUCCCAACUCGGACAGCCGUCCGGAGCCGGCGCAGAACGCUCUGGCUUUCGCACACAGCCCGGCCAUGACAAAACACUGGGAGGCUGAGCUGGAGGCACUAAAGGGGAACAACGCCAAGCUGACGGCGGCUCUGCUGGAAUCCACGGCCAACGUCAAACAGUGGAAACAGCAACUGGCUGCCUACCAAGAGGAGGCAGAGAGACUACACAAACGGGUGACAGAGCUUGAGUGCCAGAGUAACCAAACCCCGGUGAUCAAAUCCCAAAAGACGGAACUCAACCAAACCAUAGAGGAGCUGGAGAACGUGCUGCGGGACAAAGAAGAGGAAAUGGAGAAGUUAAAAGAAGAACUGGAAAACAUGAAUGACCUCAUGGAGCAGAAAGACACUCUGACUCAGAAGCUUGAGGAGACGGAGCUGCGCAGUCGGGUGCUGGAGGAGCAGCUAGCGGGAGCUGAGCAACGACUGGAGGAGAAUCAGGAAGAGCAGGAGAAUUUCAGGAAGAGCCUGCGGACGCUGCUGGAGCUGCUAGAUGGCAAGAUCUUUGAGCUGACGGAGCUCAGAGACACCUUGGCUCGUCUCAUAGAGGAAGCCAGCUAGAGACAGAGGGUGCCAACCUUCACAGACAGAGCCAUAUGAUGAUUUAUUUACAGCCCAACACACAGACCAAUCCCACCCUCCAUAACUCCUUGUGUACCCUCACCCACAUACAUCUGAGACAAUGCACUGCCCACUCUUACAGUUUAAACACAAGGGGCAGCUGAUCCCUGAUUUUUACCUUGAAGGCAUCAGGUUCCUACCUUCUGCAAGCACUCCUGUAGUUGAAGACGAUGCAGGGACUACCUCAGCUUGCCUUCUGAUUGGCUGUCGUACACUCGGUCAAACCGGUCAAGCUCAGUCCUAGAGAUGCCACACAUAAAAAAAACAAACUGUGCCUCGGCGCCAUCUGCUGUCUGAAUGGGAGAGCUGCGCCGUAGUGCGGAGCAUUUACUCAAACACACACAUUGCACAUUACUCCUCUUUAAAGCGGCCCUCCAGGGAAAAAUGUUGAAAGUCAUGUGGAAAUAAUUGCUGUUAAGACUUAAAAGAACUGCGCCAAAGCUGCCAAAUCCCCACCCCCCCAAAAUGUUGUCCUCUAACUAGCAGAUGCUUUGAUCCAAAGUGACUUACUGUACAGGGAAGUUUUGAACAGAAGAACCCAUGUUUGAGCCCGGGCUGCCGAGGAAUGUAACCGGGUAACUGCUUUCGCAUCGCUGAACCUCCCCAGCCUGGAUUUACGAGGCUGCUGGGAAAUGGAGUCUGACAAAUAUACAUAUAUUUUUUUUUUCUUUUAGCAGAAAUGAAGGAUUUCUGUAUGCCCCAUGCCCCCUACCUCCAUGUUACAAAAACCUAUAUGGCAGAUAAGCAAUGAAUCUUCCAGAUGGCCUUUUUUCAUGCAACACAAAAAUUUGAGUGCUAUAGCUGAAAUGAGAAAUCUCGUAUCCAGACAGCUUCCACUAUCACAGUAGACAUGACCUGUCUUCCUGCCAAACUCAGUGUGGUGUGUGUGUCCUGAGGUUUGAUAUGAUCGUGUGCACUCGCAUAGGUGCGUCUAAAUAAAUUGCAUCAACAAAAAGUGAUUUUAAACUAGUAAAUCAAUUUAAAAACUGGAAUUUAUUGUUAUUUAGCUUGAUUACACAGAGAAUUAUGUUUUUUGAAGUGUUUAUUUAUGCUACUUUGAUGAUUAUGGCCUAUAGCAAAUGGGAAUCUUAAAAUUAUGUUAGAAUUAUAAUAUUACAUAAGACCAAUGAAAAAGAAUUUAAAUACAUAAACAUGGGCCUACUGAAAAUUUUGUCCAUGUGCUACGUCUUAUACGCAUUCACUAAUUGGUUGAGGGUUUCUUCUUUUUAUUUGCAAAAAUUAUUGCAUUAGAACGACGCGACAUGGAUGUAAUCGGCCUGUAGAUCUGCUGAGGUGUUAAGAAAGCUGAGGUUGCUUUAAUGAUGGCCUUCAUUUUGCCUCACUUGUUUAAGUCUGGGAUUGAUAGAUUCUCAGGUGGGUUUUGCUGACCAAUUAAGCUCUCUGCAAAAGAUCUGCAAAACAUACUCAACCGCAACUGCAAAAGCAAAGCCAGAGAGAAUUGUACAGCAAUCUUAAAGCUUCACUCGGAAGAAAUAUUUUGUAGGAUACCAUAUUUCAAGAGUUCUGCGUUCACUCCCCCAAACGUGCAUAUUGACUAAGUAUUUAGACAGUUGGAUAAAUUCUUGAAUAGGCUUUUUUUCCCACAAUUCACAAUUUGCGUUAUUUUUGUACUCAAAAGUUUAACUUUCUGAGGUCCAUGUGUAAAAUGCAACAUCCCCUGAAGUCGAAUUUUUAACUAGUAAAUUUGGAAGUUGCUGAGUGCAUGAUCGUGGGAUCGUCUCCACGGCAACCUCAAGAUCAGAAACUAAUAUGGCUGCUGCUGCACAUCAAAAACAGAGCAACAGUUUUAAUUGUAAAGCAUUUACUUCCGCUCCUGAUAGUUUGUGUCUCAUUAAACCGUAGUAAUGUGUAGUAAUGUAGAUGCUCAUUUAGUGCUUGAACAUAUUUAACAACACAUUAUUUUCAUCUUGCGAACUGUAGUUAUCAACUAACGGCAAACACAAACUUGUGGCACCAAGCUCCAGCUCAUGAGGCAAAUAUACAAUGUACUAUGCUUCUUUUCCUACCAAACAUUUUCCUUCCACUCAACUUUUCAUUAGAAUUCUUGGGUACAGCCCUCUGAACAGCCAGCUUCUUCAGCAAACUGGCUUUCUCUCCUUGAGGAGGGUUCCCAAUAGUACCUGCUGAGACUUCUACAUUAAAAAACUUCUUUCUUUUAUUGUCUUGUUGUAUAACAAUCCAAAUUUCUGCAAAACAAAAAAAGUAAUAAUUUUGUAUUGUUGCAAACUGUGAGCCAUAAUCAUCAAAAUUAGAAAUAAAUGCUUGAAACGUUUUGACCUUUUGAUGAAACAAACAACUCUUCUCAGUGGUAUGCUACUUUAUUGAGAUGAAUCUGUACCUGGGCACGUUGUGCUGUUAGAGAGGCCUGCACACACACACCCUCACACCCACUCAAACACACACACACUGAGCAAUAUUAGACAGGCUCUAUACAACACCAACUCUAUCAGGUACUCUACUCAGUGGGCCCGACCUGAAGGGUCAAACAUGAUUAAGCUGAUACACGCCCUCUCCAACAGAAAGUGUACUACUGACCGCAUUACUGUGUGGCAGCCCUGCGUGAUCCGAGUAGUGUAAACCGAAGGGCUUACAGAGCGUCAUCCUCAUGUCUGUAAAUCUCCACCCUCAGUGAAACUGGCCACUGAUUGUCACGCCUCACUGGUGACUCUUCAACCGUUCUCAGUUUAUAUUCUUUUUUUUUUUUUUUUUUUUUUUAAAAAAAAAGAUAAAACACUGGUGAUAUAAAUAUAAAACUGUACAACACAACUUUCUUACUCUUGCUGGCAUUGUAAAUGAAUGGAUGGACAAAUCAAAAUGCAGUAACACCCUGCGGUGACUUAUUGUUGUGUAUUAACCCACGGCUGAAAGCUUUUUCUCUGUGUACUGGAAGAUUUAUAACACCAUGUAAUAACACCGUGUUACAAGUUUUAUACUCUUACUGUAUAAAAGCAGCUCUGAAGCCCCGUGAAAUCUUCAAUUCUCUCCCUCCAAAGUCAGCAAUUUUUUUAUUUUUUUUAUUUUACAGAGCUGUAUCUCGACAAGGUGCUGCAGGUCUUAUAUCUAUCUGAGCGCCCUGUUUGCACUGUUAUGACACCGUUGUAACUCCAUUAUAUGCCGACAGACUUGCAUUUAGCAUUAGCACAGUAUAAUUAUGUAGUUUAAAGACCUUCUGUAGUUAGUUACACAGGUUAAUACACUGGAAUAAGACUCAUGUAAAAGGGGGAAUGUUACUUAUUUUCUGUCUGAUGUAUGUGUCGAGUGGAGUGACAGAGAUGAAAUACUUUAAUAUUAAUGCUAUUGUUAAUGAAUGCCUUUGUACAGUAGUGGAUAAAAUGCUUUUCAUUCUCCUGUUUUUGUAUCUUAUGGUAUUUCAGUGUAGGUAUUAAUAUUGUAUUUAGAGGUAUGAGAAGACUGGCAAUAUUUUUGACUAUUUAAAGUAAUUUUGAACUCAUGACAUUAAAGAGGUACCUCAGGCUUAA